GCUACCCCUCCGCCCUCUGCGUCUCGGCCCCCGCCCUCCGCGUCUCGCCCCCCACCCUCUGCGUCUCGCCCCCCGCUGCCCCCUCUGAUGGACCGCAUGAGGAAGAUCAAGCGGCAGCUGUCCCUCACCCUGAGGGGGGGCAACAGUGGGGACAAGACCAGCGAGACCAUCAGCCCUCAGGACACAGCGCACAGUCACAGUGACUCCGGUACAGUGGCUGAUACAAACCAACACAAUACAGUGACUCCAGUACAGGCUGACCCAUACAAAGUUACCUACAGUGCAUUUGGAAAGUAUUCAGACCCCUUGACUUUUUCCACAUUUUGUUACGUUACAGCCUUAUUCUAAAAUGGAUUCAAUAAAACAUUUUCUUCAUCAAUCUACUCAUAAUACCCCAUAAUGAAAAAGCGAAAACAGGUUUUUAGAAAUGUUUGCAAAUGUAUUAAAAAUAAAAAACAGAUAACUGAAGUAUUCAGAUCCUUUGCUAUGAUACUCGAAAUUGAGCUCAGGUCCAUCCUGUUUCCAUUGAUCAUCCUUGAGAUGUUUCUACAACUUGAUUAGAGUCCACCUGUGGUAAGUUCAAUUGAUUGGACAUGAUUUGAAAAGGCACACACCUGUCUAUAUAAGGUCCCACAGUUGACAGUGCAUGUCAGAGGAAAAACCAAGCCAUUAAGUUGAAGGAAUUGUCCGUAGAGCUCAGAGACAGGAUUGUGUUGAGGCACAGAUCUAGGGAAGGUUACCAAAACAUUUCUGCAGCAUUGAAGAUCCCCAAGAACCCAGUGGCCUCCAUCAUUCUUAAAUGGAAGAAGUUUGGAACCACCAAGACUCUUCCUAGAGCUGGCCGCCCAGCCAAACUGAGCAAUCGGUGGAGAAGGGCCUUGGUAAGGGAGGUGACCAAGAACCCGAUGGUCACAGCUCCAGAGUUCCUCUGUGGAGAUGGGAGAACCUUCCAGAAGGACAACCAUCUCUGCAGCACUCCACCAUUCAGGCCUUUAUGGUAGCGUGGCCAGACGGAAACCACUCCUCAGUAAAAGGCACAUGACAGCCCGUUUGGAGUUUGCCAGAAGGCACCUAACGACUCUCAGACCAUGAGAAACAAGAUUCUAUGGUCUGAUGAAACCAAGAUUGAACUCUUUGGCCUGAAUGCCAAGUGUCACGUCUGGAGGAAACCUGGCACCAUCCCUACGGUGAAGCAUGGUGGUGGCAGCAUCAUGCUGUGGGGAUGUUUUUCAGCGGUAGGGACUGGGAGACUAGUCAGGAUCAAGGGAAAGAUGAAUGGAGCAAAGUACAGAGAGAUCCUUAAUGAAAACCUGCUCCAGAGCGCUCAGGACCUCAGACUGGGGCGAAGGUUCACCUUCCAACAGGACAACGGCCCUAAGCACACAGCCAAGACAACGCAGGAGUGGCUUGGAGACUUGUCUCCGAAUGUCCUUGAGUUGCACAGCCAGAGCCUGGACUUGAACCCGAUCAAACCUCUGGAUAGACCUUAAAAUAGCUGUGCAGCGACGCUCCCCAUCCAACCUGACAGAGCUAGAGAGGAUCUGCAGAGAAGAAUGGGAGAAACUCUCUAAAUACAGGUGUGCCAAGCUUGUAGCGUCAUACCCAAGAAGACUCGAGGCUGUAAUCGCUGCCAAAGGUGCUUCAACAAAGUGCUGAGGAAACGGUCUGAAUACUUAUGUAAAUGUUAUAUUUCCUGUUUUUUUUUUUUUAUACAUUUGCAAAAAAUUCUAAAAACCAGUUUUUGCUUUUUCAUUAUGGGGUAUUGUGUGUAGAUUGAUGAAGAAAAAAAACAAUUUUAGAAUAAGGCUGUAACGUAACAAAAUGUGGAAAAAGUCAAGGGGUCUGAAUACUUUCCGAAAACACUGUACACAAUACAGUGACUCCAAUACCGGCUGACGCCUACCAAGUUACCAACACAAUACAACUGUAGGCUACCACAACCCUUAAUUAUUACACUGUAACAACUAAUCUGGCAAUAUCUUUGACCAAUUAGGCCUAAUUGUCAAAGAAGUAAUAACAAGUGAAACUGCGGACAGCUUUGUAGUUCAAUGUGCAGAAUAUUUAGUUUAGUUUGGACCAUCAUUAUGCUGAAGGUGGGAGUUAUUUUAUCCUUCAUUUCAUAAUGGUGAUAUGAAAAACGAAACGGUGUGAUGAAAAGCGUUUUGCCCUUAUCGCACAGCACUCAAAUUGAGUGACUCAACUGAUAUUCUUACCAGAGACAAAAUGUGUAAUCUCCAAAUGUUUAGAACUAUACUCAUAAAUAUUUCAAUUAGGUCUGCUGUAAAAGGUUACAUUUCUUUCUCCUUAUACAAGCAUGUCACACAUGACUGGGCGACCUCAAACCAACGGUGACUCAGUAUCAUUUGUGGGAGUACUUUACAUGCCACGGAGUAGUGUCACUCUUGUGCAAAGCUCUGCAGUGCACACACUAUACCCUUCUAUGGCUUCUCUGCUACAGGGAAUACAUGGUUUAGGGUAGUGGAUGCGGUAGACCAUCACUCACAGAUUCACACACAAAAUAGACCUAGCUACACUAUUCCAAAUCCUAUAUGGCUCCCUCCUGAAGGAUCUGGUGAUGAUGGGAUGGGAUGGGGGGAGUGUGUGUGUGGGAUAACGGCGCUUCUGGUUCCUGCUUGCUAUUCUUCAUUUAAUUCCGACGCAUGUCUCUUCCAGCAUGGCUCUCUGUGCUCUAAUACUGGCUGUAUUGAUGCUGUCUCAGGAGGUUUCAAUGAAACGACUUCAGUCUACUCGCCUCAACUUGACUCCCUGGUGGAAAAAAAACAACUACAACUAAUUUGUGCAAUAAAACCAAUCAACAUUUUAAUAAAAUAAAAAACAGUUUAGAAUGAAAAUUAAUUUGGCUUUGUGAAGUAAUGAAUAAAGUGCUGUUGCGUAACAUAAUUUACCAUCAAUUGUGUCCAUAAGAGAUUAUUAGAGGCGGUAAGCACGGGCCACAUCUGGCCUGUACAAUACAAUGAAGCCAAUUCAUGCAGCUCAGAAACUUCUCAGUAACCCUGUUGCUAAUACUGAAGGUUUUCCUUGUCAAUUGACCCCAUAUAUUUUUGUCUUCCAGUGUGUAUUAACCUCUUUUGGAAAGUGAAUCGCAUGCUCUGAAAGAUGGACGUGUGUACGUGUUUUCCCUGUUCAUUUGGUUGAUCCUUUCAUUUAAAGUUACCUGCUCUUUUUCUUUCUUGUCUUUCCUUCCCUGUUUCUUCUCAUCUUAACCACCAUUACUCUAUUCCUCUCUACCAAAUGUUACUGCCUACCUCUCUAACAUUUUCUCUACCUCUGUAACAUUUUCUCUACCUCUGUAACAUGUUCUCUACCUCUGUAACAUGUUCUCUACCUCUGUAACAUUUUCUCUACCUCUGUAACAUUUUCUCUACCUCUGUAACAUUUUCUCUACCUCUGUAACAUUUUCUCUACCUCUGUAACAUUUUCUCUACCUCUGUAACAUUUUCACCACUUCUGUUACAUUUUCACCACUUCUGUUACAUUUUCCCCAAUAAUACAUCUUCAUCCAUUACUUUAAUUUGUUUUUCUCUUUAUUUUUCUCUUCUUUCUUUCUACACCUCCUCCCCCCUUUGUUGUCCUGUCUUCAUCCCAAUCAUUAUCCGUUUCCUCUUUCAUUUGCUUUGGCCUCCUUUGAUGUCUGUACCCCUGUCCCCCAUCAUAUCAUGCCCUGCCGUACCCUGUGUCCCCCUUCCACCACACCACCUCAAACCCACCUCCACCUGCAUUGUCCUUCGUGUCUCCCACCCGUACCCCAUUCCUCCCUCCUGUGUGUGUCUCCCCCUGUGUCUCUGCCUCCCCACCCUUCUCUCUCCCAGAGACCAUGUCAGUGCGGGGCGGUGGCACUGGCAGUUUGCGGGGUUCAGUGCGAGCCGGUGGUGGUGGAGGCUCGUUCAGCAUGCACUCCCUGCUCCAGUCGUACGGCUCCGCCCUGCGCCGACCACGCAGCCUGGGCCGCAGCCUCAGCUCCUAUCUCAACCACACCACACGCCUGGGUACAAAACACUUGGCCCACACAGGGAAGGGGAAUGUGUGUGUGUCUGCUCUGGGAGUGUGUGUGUGACCUCUGGCCACAAGUGCGUGAGUGUAUAUGUUAAGGGUGUGUCAUGUUAUGACUGGUAAUGCUGUAGACUUACAGUGCCUUCAGAAAGUAUUCACACCCCUUUGACUUAUUCCACAUUUUGUUGUGUUACAGCCUAAAUCCAAAAUUGAUUAAAUAGAUUUUGUUUUCUCUCACCAAUCUACACACAAUACCCCAUAAUGACAAAGUCAAAACAUGUUUUCAGAAAUGUUUGCAAAUGUAUUGAAAAUUAAAUAAUGAAAUAUCUCAUUUACAUAAGUAUUCACACCCCUGAGUCAAUACUUUGUAGAAGCACCUUUGGUGGUGAUUACAGCUUUCAGUCGUCUUGGGUAUGUCUGUAUCAGCUUUGCUUGGCGGUGAUUACAGCUUUCAGUCGUCUUGGGUAUGUCUGUAUCAGCUUUGCACAUCUAGAUUCUGGGAUUGUCUCCCAUUCUUCCUUGCAGAUUUUCUCGUGCUCUUAAGUUAGAUAGGGAGAGGCAGUGAACAGCAAUCUUUACGUUUUUCCACAGAUUUUCAAUGGGAUUCAAGUCUGGGCUUUGGCUGGGCCACUCAAGGACUUUCACAAUCUUGUUUUGAAGCCAUUCCAGCGUUGCUUUGGCUGUAUGCUUGGGGUUAUUGUCCUGUUGGAAUGUAAAUCUUUGCCCCAGUCUAAGGUUGUUUACACUCCAUCCUUACCAGUCUCCUAGUCCCUGCUGCUGAAAAGCAUCCCCAUAGCAUGAUGCUGCCACCACCAUGCUUCACGGUAGGGAUGGUGUUAGAUGGGUGAUGAGCUGUGCCUGGUUUUCUACAGACAUAGCACUUUGCAUUCAGGCCAAAGAGUACAAUUUUUGUCCCAGCAGAUCACAGAAUUGUUUGCCAUAUGAUCUCAGUCUUUCACAUGCCUUUUUGCAAACUCCAGGUGUGCUGUCAUGUGCCUUUUUCUCAGGAGUGGCUUCCGUCUUGUCACUCUCCCAUAAAGCCCAGAUUGGUGAAGUGCUGUAGAGACUGUUGUCCUUCUACCAGGUUCUCCCAUCUCAGCCAUGGAACUCUAGUUCUGUCCGAGUGGUCAUUGGGUUCUUGGUCACCUCCCUGACCAAGGCCCUUGCCCGGUGGCUCAGUUUGGUCAGACGGCCAGCUCUAGGCAAUCUGGGUAGUUACAUAUUUUCUCAAUUUCUCAACGAUGGAGACCACUGUGCUCUUGGAAACUUUCAACACUCUAGAAAUUGUUUUAUACCCUUCCCCAGAUAUAUGCCUCAUCACAAUUAUAUCUCGGAGAUCUACGGACAGUUCCAUGGACUUCAUGGUAUAGCUUCUGCUCUGACAUGCACUGUCAACUGUGGGACCUUAUAUAGACAGGUGUGUUUCUUUCUAAAUCAUGUCCAAACAAUUGAAUUGGCCACAGGUGGACUCCAAUCAAGUUUUAGUGACAUCUCAAGGAUGAUCAAAGGACACUGGAUGCACCUGAGCUCAAUUUGGAUUGUCAUAGCAAAGGAGUGUGAAUAGUUAUGUAAAUGAGAUUUUUGUAUUUCAUUUUCAAUAUAUUUGCAAACAUUUCACUUUGUCAUUAUGGGGUAUUGUGUGUAGAUGGGUAAAAAAAAAUAAUGUUUUAAUCCAUUUUGAAUUCAGGCUGUAACGCAACAAACUGUGCAGUAAGUCAAGGGGUAUGCAUACUUUCUGAAUGCACUGUUUAUGCCAGUUUUUUUUUUGUCCUCUUAUGGGAUUAAGUUAAUUACGUAUUUGAAUACUGUUUGGAGAGUAGGUGUAAAAGCUGAUAAGCACAUCACACCAGUGCUGUAUAACAAGUUAACAACAGUGAGUGAAACCUGUAAUAGUUGUAGUGGGAGAGAACCGUGAAGAAACAAACGCUAAGACAUCAGGGAAGAUGUGCUUUAGCACUCAAACCUUACUGUGAUGGCAGUAGCAGAUACACCGCAUGCUCAACUCCAAGUGCCUUUUUACCAAAACGCUUCCCCGGUUUUCCCAGAAAGCAAACAUAUAAAGAAAGUGAACAGACACAGGGCGAGUAAAAAGUUAUUGUCAAUAGUAGUAAGAUUAUGAUAGUUAGAUUGCGAUAGGACAUCGAGAGCUGGUAACCCUAGCACUCUUCUAUGUGGACCAGGAGUUGAGUGUGUUGCUGUGUGUUUGUACAGAGAUAGUCCAUGAAGAUGUGAAGAUCGGCUCUGAUGGGGAGAGUGACCAGGUCUCGGCCACCUCUUCUGAUGAAGUACACAGUCCUGUCAAGGUCCGCCUCAGGAACAACUCUGUACGCAAGAUAUCCACCGAGGUACACUCAUACAUUCUCACACACACACACACACACACACACACACACACACACACACACACACACACACACACACACUCUCUCUCAUAACACAUGAGGUGUUGUAUCCUAACCUUUAACCUUUAAACUCUAACCUUGCAUCUUUUCUGUUAGGAUAUAAACAAGCGGUUGUCCUUGCCUGCGGACAUCCGUCUCCCAGACGGCUACCUGGAGAAGUUCUGUCUGAACAGUCCUCUUUUUGACAAGCCUCUGAGCCGGAGGCUAAGGAGAGUCUCCCUGGUAGGUUACUGCCCUCUCCCUCUCUCAAACCUGCUCCAUGUCCUCAUGCUCACUCUGUCUGGCCCAUGCUCACUCUGUCUGGCCCAUGCUCACUCUGUCUGGCCCAUGCUCACUCUGUCUGGCCCAUGCUCACUCUGUCUGGCCCAUGCUCACUCUGUCUGGCCCAUGCUCACUCUGUCUGGCCCAUGCUCACUCUGUCUGGCCCAUGCUCACUCUGUCUGGCCCAUGCUCACUCUGUCUGGCCCAUGCUCACUCUGUCUGGCCCAUGCUCACUCUGUCUGGCCCAUGCUCACUCUGUCUGGCCCAUGCUUUUUUCAUGAGCUGUCUUGUCCCUGUGUGUGUUAAGCUCUUAAGACUCUCCCUCCUGCAUUUUAGUUCUUGUAUUUUCAUGUGCACUACAAUUUUGUUCACCCUUGCUGUUAUGCCUUGCUAUCCUGUUCCUCCACCAUUUUCUUUCAUUCAUAUUUAUUCAAGGUCGGAGCUUAUUCAUUCACUGCCAGACAUCUCAACAGAAGUGGUUGCACGUGUCUUGAUGAGAUUGACCUUCAUUGUAUCAUCUUCCUGGAUAAAGCCAGUCCCGUAGUUCAUCUUCCUGGAUAAAGCCGGUCUCGUAGUUCAGCUUCCUGGAUAAAGCCAGUCUCGUAGUUCAUCUUCCUGGAUAAAGCCGGUCUCGUAGUUCAUCUUCCUGGAUAAAGCCGGUCUCGUAGUUCAGCUUCCUGGAGAAAGCCAGUCUCGUAGUUCAGCUUCCUGAAUAAAGCCAGUCUCGUAGUUCACCUUCCUGGAUAAAGCCAGUCUCGUAGUUUGUAACAAUGUUCUGGAGUCUGUCUGUCUGUCAUAUUUGUGAAUAACAAAGCAUGUUCUCAUUCUGUGAUUUUACACGUGGUAAGACUUCUAUAAUCAUCUAAAGAUAUACUGUGUUUUUUCUCUCAGUCAGAGAUUGGCUUUGGGAAGCUGGAGACCUAUGUGAAGCUGGAUAAGCUAGGAGAGGUAUGCAGUUUCACACAUAUACAUUUCACAUUACCCCUCAGGCCUUGUUGAUUUACUCUCAACCUCUGCUGCCAAACAUUUGUCCUGGCAGUGUUGAGGUUUGCUUCUGCUACUAUUCACAUGUAGUGUAUGUACGUUUACUGCUUACAUUAUGUGCUCGUACUGUAGUCUGUAUGUAAGUACUGUCUCUCUCCCCCAGGGAACCUAUGCCACGGUAUACAAAGGGCGCAGCAAGCUGACAGACAACCUGGUGGCCCUGAAAGAGAUCCGGUUGGAGCACGAGGAGGGGGCUCCCUGCACCGCCAUCAGAGAGGGUGAGACCACCACGCCACCACAGGGCUGGCACUGGGCACGGUACCCAAACACCUUUGUGUCGGGUGGGCCUGGGCCCGGGCCGCCAGCUAAAAAUAAAACCCAACAGGUUGGAAAGUGGAAACCAGAGCAAGCCAAGGGAGCACUGGCUAUUUACAGGAUUGACCUCAGUCACACACAGUUGCUGCUGCUGCAACUGGCCUCAGAUAUGGAAAUAGUUAAGUCUGGUUUUUAAUCAUGCGUUGGUUAUCUCUCUCUCCCCCAGUGUCUCUGCUGAAAGAUCUGAAACACGCCAACAUAGUGACCCUCCAUGACAUAAUCCACACGCAGAAGUCUCUCACGCUGGUCUUUGAGUACCUGGUGAGUCAUCGUCCACACAGAAAGAAAGAGAAGUAAAACAGAGUGACACGCGUCACACACACUGUUCAUCUGUCGGCUCCUUACAUUUAGAAUGAAAACAAAUCCAAAUGUAUUUGUUUGUGCCAGUGUCAACAUUUGUGUAAAUAAUUUGUGAUUUGUCACGCAGGAUAAAGACCUUAAGCAGUAUCUGGAGGACUGUGGCAACUCUAUCCACAUGCACAAUGUGAAGGUGAGGCACAUAUCAGCCUACAAUACCUUGACAAAUGAUAUACAUUACAUGCUUUAGCAUGUAUCAUAAAACAGGGAAUUCUAUCAUUCCAGUCCGAAGUAUACAUUUCCUUAACAAUAGAUGAAUUGGCACGGUGCUAAUAGUUUUUUUAAUGUGUAAUUAGUGAUUAGUAGGGUCUUAUUGGUGUUUUUUGUCUUUGCACAUUGUCUCCCUAUGGCUCUCUCUCACCUACAGUAUACCUCUCAUAUCUCAGUGUGUCCCUGUGUCUCUGGGUGGUCUGUGGUAUUAUCAUGUCUGUGUCUCAGUGUGUCCCUUUGUCUCUGGGUGGUCUGUGGUAUUGUCAUGUCUGUGUCUCUGGGUGGUCUGUGGUAUUAUCAUGUCUGUGUCUCUGGGUGGUCUGUCUCAGUGUGCCCCUCUGUCUCUGGGUGGUCUGUGGUAUUGUCAUGUCUGUGUCUCUGGGUGGUCUGUGGUAUUGUCAUGUCUGUGUCUCUGGGUGGUCUGUGGGUGGUCUGCGUCUCUGGGGGGUCUGUGGGUGGUCUGCGUCUCUGGGGGGUCUGUGGGUGGUCUGCGUCUCUGGGGGGUCUGUGUCUCUGGGUGGUCUGUGUCUGUGGUAUUGUCAUGUAUUUGCAGUGUUCUUAUCUCCUGUCUGUUACUGUGUCUGUCCUCCUCAGCUCUUCCUGUUCCAGCUGCUGCGUGGCCUCAACUACUGCCACUGCCGCAAAGUCCUCCACAGAGACCUCAAACCCCAGAACCUGCUCAUCAAUGACCGCGGAGAGCUCAAACUGGCUGACUUUGGUCAGUACCUCCUCUAACUGUACAGACAGAGUCUUAUCACCACACCUCAGAAGUCUCUGUGGAACCAGAGUGUUAUCUGUAGUGCUUCAGUUUAACGUCCUCAAUAGUCUGUUGAGAGUAACGACAAAACAGUACGGUAAGAAAAAAGGACAUCAGUGUUUUGUUGGUAGCAAAAAUAGUUUUUCCGGUGUAAUAAGCCAAUAUGCCCCAAGAGCCUCUUUCACAAACUGUCCUGUUAAAAUGUUAAGCUUCUUUCAAGCGUUUUGGUGAAUAGUGAGUCAUGUUUUUGUCUCAGGCCUGGCCCGGGCUAAGUCCAUUCCCACCAAGACAUACUCCAACGAGGUGGUGACGCUAUGGUACCGUCCCCCAGACAUCCUCCUAGGAAGCACUGACUACUCAACACAGAUAGAUAUGUGGUAGGAAUACACUAUUGUUCAUAGCCAAUCAGGUUGAUAUUGAAGUUUCGUUAAAACAUUCUGUUAUAAAAUGUCAGUAAAGUUGUUAUAGUAACGUUAUAUUUUGCCUCUGUAGGGGAGUGGGUUGUAUCUUCUAUGAGAUGUCUACAGGCCGUCCCCUGUUCCCUGGCUCCACAGUGGAGGAGGAGCUGCACUUUAUCUUUAAACUGCUAGGUGAGACUGUACACCCGUCGCUGCCCAUCUUUCUCCAUGGUGUGGACCUGCCCUUUUGAAGGAAAGGAGAACAGGAGAAAAUGCCAUUUGGCACCAUUGAGAGGGCUAAGGACAUAAAAGAUCCCUUCCUUUUCAAUGUCUUGAGAGUUGAAGCACGUGUGUUUUGUGUCUGUUCCAGGUACACCCAAUGAGACGUCUUGGCCUGGAAUCACCUCCAAUGAGGAAUUUGUCUCGUACAACUACCCCCGGUACAGAGCGGACUGUCUACAGAACCACACACCCAGGUGAUGCAGUGCUCAUCACUGUGACUGCUUAUGACACGUUAGACCUGCUCGUUCAAUGAGAGUUACUUUAAUUUGUUGUGUAUUUGUUGUUUUUCCUAGACUGGACAAUGAAGGAGUGGAACUGCUGUCCAAACUGCUGCAGGUGAGACCACACCUGUGACAACAUUGUCAUCAUUGACAAACUCCCAUCUCACCUUUUUAGAUAAUCCUCCCGAUAGUCUUCGAGGUGUUCGUUGCCAUUAUCAACAGUAGACGUCGACAGUAGAGUGGAUCUGUUUUUCCGUCUGUGUUUCAGUUUGAGGGAAAGAAGCGUAUCUCAGCGGAGGAGGCCAUGAGGCAUCCAUACUUCCACAGUCUGGGAGACAGAGUGAUCACACUGCCUGACAGUGCGUUGGCCUUCACUCCUACACACAUGACACACACACACUCACACAACUAUAACAUUAUUAACAGCAGUGUAGUCUCAUGUCAUUGGUAAAUAAAUGUAUAAUAUGAAUGUAUCCUCUCCUAGCUACAUCAAUAUUUGCACUUCAAGACAUUCAGCUGGAGAAGGAGCCCGGAGAUAGAGCCAGCUCAUUGUCUGACUCGGGUAAGUUCCUCUCUUUACUGUGGUAUUUCAUCACAUAUACUAAAAGUCUUAUUUUAAUGUCCCAACUUCCUUUGUACGAAAUGUAAACUUAAUUGCUACAUCACUGUGUUCCAGAGCUCGUACAGGGAUGCCUAAGGUUCCGGCACACCUUAGGUAUAUUCAGUUCACUUCCUUCUCUCACGAGGAGGCUGCGAACCAUCCCCUUUUUUCCCCCUCUGAUGCACCAAUGUGUCAAGUCUAUCAACCCAUGACUUUUAACAAUGAAAAUGUAACCAUUCUCAAAACACCUCCUUAGAUUUUGAGGCUAGAAGAAUAUUGUAUGUCAAGAGUACUUUACGUUAUGUCAAGAGUACUUUACGUUAUGUCAAGAGUACUUUACGUUAUGUCAAGAGUACUUUACAUUAUGUCAAGAGUACUUUAUGUUAUGUCAAGGGUACUUUACAUUAUGUCAAGAGUACUUUAUGUUAUGUCAAGGGUACUUUACGUUAUGUCAAGAGUACUUUACGUUAUGUCAAUAGUACUUUACGUUAUGUCAAGAGUACUUUACAUACUUUACAUUUAUUUACAGGUGUACAUCCAUACAGAGCACAUUAGGUGAUCUUCACUUUCAAUGGAAAUUCCCACUGUUCAUCGUACUACAUACUGAUACACAAUCCUUUUAAGAAAGGAGUAGCAAGAGCAGUGUACUCAGAUAUUUAAGUACGCUAGGCUAGCUUUUUAUCAAUUUCGCCUCAGACAUUUGUUAGAAAUGAACACAAACAGCAUGCAUCACUGAACAGCACCUUGAAUACAAGACUAUCCUCGAACAAACACCAAGUCACAUCACAUCAACAGGGCUAGUGCACAGUACACUCCACCUCUGAAUGGUUAUAGGUUUUAUUUGCUAAAAUUGAUGUCUCUGGUUGGUCCCCUGUUCUUCCUGGUUGUGUUUGAUUGGUUGAAAGCAACACUCUGACCUGACAUGCCUGCCCUCAGCUCUGACUCAGGAGCAUUCAGUCCCCUGGUCAUUAUGCGUUGUAGUGGGCGCACCUCAGUCUGAUCACUGGUCGGUGUAGUGAUGGAGAAUGAGCUUCUCAUAAGAACCUGCUUCCCUUAACCUCCCGCCUGAGGAGCUCUCACUGGACCCAGACAAUCAGAGAAUCAUUAUUGGUGUUCUCUUGGCUAUUUAUGAGCUGUCUUUUACUGAGGAAAACAACGACUUUUUACUAAAUGUAAUAAAACACCGACUACUAAACCCCUGCUCAACAAUGAAAAUCAAUAUUCAAAUUAUGCCCAACACACACAGUAAAAAAUGUAAAGAGAAAUCGAUUGCCCUGUUUCUUACAUAAUCCAAAUAUCAGCCAUGGAUAGAAUGUGUGAGUUGUUUUGUAACACAGUUACAGUGAGGGAAAAAAGUAUUUGAUCCCCUGCUGAUUUUGUACUUUUGCCCACUGACAAAGAAAUGAUCAGUCUACAAUUUUAAUGGUAGGUUUAUUUGAACAGUGAGAGACAGAAUAACAAUAAAAAAAUCCAGAAAAAUGCAUGUAAAAAUUUUUAUAAAUUGAUUUGCAUUUUAAUUAGGGAAAUAAGUAUUUGACCCCCUCUCAAUCAGAAAGAUUUCUGGCUCCCAGGUGUCUUUUAUACAGGUAACGAGCUGAGAUUAGGAGCACACUCUUAAAGGGAGUGCUCCUAAUCUCAGCUUGUUAACUGUAUAAAAGACACCUGUCCACAGAAGCAAUCAAUCAAUCAGAUUCCAAACUCUCCACCAUGGCCAAGACCGACGAGCUCUCCAAGGAUGUCAGGGACAAGAUUGUAGACCUACACAAGGCUGGAAUGGGCUACAAGACCAUCGCCAAGCAGCUUGGUGAGAAGGUGACAACAGUUGGUGCGAUUAUUCGCAAAUGGAAGAAACACAAAAUAACUCUCAAUCUCCCUCGGCCUGGGGCUCCAUGCAAGAUCUCACCUUGUGGAGUUGCAAUGAUCAUGAGAACAGUGAGGAAUCAGCCCAGAACUACACGGGAGGAUCUUGUCAAUGAUCUCAAGGCAGCUGGGACCAUAGUCACCAAGAAAACAAUUGGUAACACACUACGCCGUGAAGGACUGAAAUCCUGCAGCGCCCGCAAGGUCCCCCUGCUCAAGAAAGCACAUAUACAGGCCCGUCUGAAGAUUGCCAAUGAACAUCUGAAUGAUUCAGAGGAGAACUGGGUGAAAGUGUUGUGGUCAGAUGAGACCAAAAUCGAGCUCUUUGGCAUCAACUCAACUCGCCGUGUUUGGAGGAGGAGGAAUGCUGCCUUUGACCCCAAGAACACCAUCCCCACCGUCAAACAUGGAGGUUGAAACAUUAUGCUUUGGGGGUGUUUUUCUGCUAACUUCACCGCAUCAAAGGGACGAUGGACGGGGCCAUGUACCGGCAAAUCUUGGGUGAGAACCUCCUUCCCUCAGCCAGGGCAUUGAAAAUGGGUCGUGGAUGGGUAUUCCAGCAUGACAAUGACCCAAAACACACGGCCAAGGCAACAAAGGAGUGGCUCAAGAAGAAGCACAUUAAGGUCCUGGAGUGGCCUAGCCAGUCUCCAGACCUUAAUCCCAUAGAAAAUCUGUGGAGGGAGCUGAAGAUUCGAGUUGCCAAACGUCAGGCUCGAAACCUUAAUGACUUGGAGAAGAUCUGCAAAGAGGAGUGGGACAAAAUCCCUCCUGAGAUGUGUGCAAACCUGGUGGCCAACUACAAGAAACGUCUGACCUCUGUGAUUGCCAACAAGGGUUUUGCCACCAAGUACUAAGUCAUGUUUUGCAGAGGGGUCAAAUACUUAUUUCCCUCAUUUAAAAUGCAAAUCAAUUUAUAACAUUUUUGACAUGCGUUUUUCUGGAUUAUUUUGUUGUUAUUCUGUCUCUCACUGUUCAAAUAAACCUACCAUUAAAAUUAUAGACUGAUCAUUUCUUUGUCAGUGGGCAAACAUACAAAAUCAGCAGGGGAUCAAAUACUUUUUUCCCUCACUGUAUAAUGAGAAAUUCAUGAUUACAUAAUUUCCUGCAUUAAUUAUUCAUCCGUCUUUCUGAGGCAUGUUCUGCUCUCUCACCCUAAACUCGUUCCUGUUAUAUCACAGAGGAAGGGUUAACCGUCCUGUAAUCUAACUCCUGAUUUAGCCUGAGGAGUGGGAUGGUAAUGAGAGGUUGGAUCUCUGACUCAUUCUCAUUUAAAACACUGCUGCUAUUCUAUCUACUUUAAGCUUAUCAACAAUGCGGAAGAGAAAAUUACAGUUUACUUCAACUAUGUUUGACGUUAAUACUGUGCAAUACUCCGUAUAGUAUAUUUUUAACAUGCAAACAUUUCGGCCUCCCAGGACUUGGUGUAUUUGAGAUUAGUGCAGAGUAAUUUGCAUUUCUCCCCUUCUUGUCACACCAAAGGGGAAUGCUGAUGUGACAUUGCUUGUGGGGACCUAACCCACUGAGUUGUCCUGUAUCAAAACCCUAUGUUUGUUCCUGCUCUUCUCGCUCUCUCUUUCUUUGGGCCCACGCCCACAUUCAUCUGUUUCAACACUGAAUUUGUAUUGUGGGCCCUGUUUUGACAAUGCAAAGUGAAAAUACGGCACUAGUGUCAAAUAAUACCAUAAUGCUCCCAAUAUCUGUACUUUAAUUUAUUUCAAAUAUUUUUUGGACAUCCAUGGAGGGCAGCGGUAAUUAAUGAUGGUUUAGAACGUAAUUAUGUGGAUACAAAACACGCAUUUGUGUUCCAUUUUGACACAAGUGCUGCUUAUUUACAUUGUCAACAUAUCACUGUGUGAGUGCUGUAUGUCUUCAUACUGUGUCAGCAGCACCUUUCUUAGCCUGAUGGAACCUUCUCCCGCUGGUCUCUGUUCAAGUACCUGUGAUGAUGAUGAGGAUGAGUGUUCUUCCUGGGAUCUAUCUCUCUCUCCUCUCACUGUCUCUCACUUCUGUCUCUCUCUCCUCACAGUGAACAGCAUAUCUCGACGACAGAGCCUGCUCUUCUGAGUGGAGUGGGAGAAACACGGAUGAACGAGAGGACGAGAAGCUGAGACAUUUCCGUGUGCGAUGAAGGGAUACAUAUUUAUCUUCUUUAUACCUUUUGAAUUGUCAUUGUUGGUCCACUUAGUGUUGAGAGAGGGUCACUAGCUGUUUACAUGUGCGACGAGGCUGAGGAGGAUAACUGUUAUUUUCUAAUUUGUUUGCGCUCAAUAUGCACUCUCUCCUCUAAAUAGAAGCGUUUACUGUCACAGACACACUCUUACCAUCACGUAUACUGUAAAUGCUGACAGGCAAAGAAAGCCUUACUGUUUUUCCUUAUAUAGCUAGCUACUGUGAUGUUUAGUUUACAGGCUGACAUAAUUGCAAUCCUGUAUAAUUCAAUUUAGACAUGUCAGGACAUUCUUUGAAUGCAAUAAUCAUCACCCGUAAAUUUUCACGGAUUUGGACCAAAGUUUUCGACUCACUUAAAUUAUGCACAUUGAUAUUGCAAUACCCCUAGCUAGAACCUUUCUAUUUUUGAUUGUAUAAUACCACAAUGAAGGAAUAAUUCGAAAAAUGACAAGGCUUGAAUAAGUGAUGAGUUGUCUUCUAACUGAGGGAGGAGUAAAAUGGCGAGGCUAUAGUGUCUCACCUUGGUCUUCCACACCCCAUCUCCACCACAGCAAGGAUAUACCAUCUAUCCCUCCCAUCUCCACCACAGCAAGGUUUUACCAUCUAUCCCUCCCAUCUCCACCACAGCAAGGUUUUACCAUCUAUCCCUCCCAUCUCC